AUGGUUCCGGUAAGGGAAGAGGAGUUUCCGAAUUUCUUUUGUAGUCGGAUCACGCAGCCCUUUCAUUCACAAGGUCUUACCAUUGAGACAACAAGCAGAAUCUCAAGUGACAGUAGCACACAUGCGCUAGAGAUCCACAAAGGUAACUGGAUGCCUGGGACUUCGCAUAAAAAGCAUCCAGAAAGGAACGAAUUCAAAUGCUACAGAAUGACAAAUUCUGCUGUUAUGGCAAAGACCCAUCCCCAUCAUAUGAAGAUAAAUGAGACCUCGGAAGGACAGAAAAACGAGGGUGGUGGAGAUGAUGGACAAAACUGUUCGCUGUUUCUUAAACCUGUUAAAACAAGUUUGCAUUCAGGCCAUGCAAAUGCCUGA